UGGACCGAACCAACCCAAAAACAGCACUCUCCUUCUUAUCUUGUCUCUCUCCAAUCUCUCAAGCGCCUUUUAAAUAUCUCUAUUUUCGCGUAAUUCCUGCUCUUUUCGUCGAUUAUUAUUAUUAUUAUUACCAUCCAUUGUUCUUUCCUCCAUAAUAAAGUAUUUGCCUGAUCACACUGUCAGCACCCUUGAAACCAACCACACAGGCGGUCAUAAAAUAAUGGAGUCUCAUGAAGAAACAGGAUGCCAGGCUCCAGAACGUCCCAUACUUUGCAUUAAUAAUUGUGGCUUCUUUGGAAGGGCUGCUACUAUGAAUAUGUGUUCCAAAUGUUACAAGGACAUGCUGUUGAAGCAGGAACAGGACAAACUUGCAGCAGCGUCGGUUGAAAACAUUGUGAACGGAGCCUCCGGCUGCAGCGGGAAACAGGCUCUGACCGUAGAUGUACAAGUUGGAAAUGCAGAGUUCAAGACAGUCUGCACUGAGAUCCGCGAGGAUUCAUCUUCUGGUGAGAAUUCGGAGGUGAAAGCCAAGACAGGUCCCAACAGAUGUGCUACUUGUCGGAAGCGUGUUGGAUUCACUGGUUUCAGCUGCAAGUGCGGAAAUCUCUUUUGUGCAAUUCACCGGUAUUCUGACAAACACGAUUGCCCCUUUGAUUAUCAGACUCUUGGUCGGGAUUCCAUAGCGAAAGCCAACCCUGUAAUUAAGGCUGAUAAGCUUGACAAAAUCUAGGGGUGUACUUGACUGAAGGGUAUUGUAUGAAGCUGAAUGUCUCAUCCUUUGUGUGCAAGUUUUCAUAAACUUAUGGUUGGCACUCAUGAUAGCAAGCACAUGUUUAGGGAAAACCUGCAUUCCUUGUUAGUUAUUGUAGGAGUAUUUGUGCUGAUUUGAUGAACAUCUUUGGCACAUAUGCAAUUUCAUUUCCUGGUUGGUCUGCAUUUGUUUUUCAUAUUGCCAUUAUGGUAUUUACUGCUUAGUAUGUAUAUGCUUUUGCUUUUGUGUUCA